GAUUCAUUCCCUCCCCGAUCUUUUCUUCCUCAUCGUUCGCCUCUCAGCUUCUCCUUUACAUACUCGUUGCUUGCUUUCUGGAUCCUUUUCCUGCGCCUGACAGUAGAGCAUGCGUUGGAGGUCCGGUCGUGCAAAUUGAAUUGAUCUCGAUCUAGUGCUGCCUGUGCCUGUGCUUGUGCUUGUGCUGCUUGUGCUGGUUUCUGGCUUGACCCUCCCACCGACCCCGCCGCCAGGACGGAUCCAUGCAGACCAUGCCGCCGCGAGCCUCGCUGACCAGCUCCUUCUCUGUCACCGACGUCAACAAUGAGGUGGUGUGUCCCUUGAAGAAUAAUGAUGGCUCCAAUUGUCGGAAACGAUGCCUGGGCGAGAAGCGAUAUCGCUCCAUGCAGGAGCACAUCCGGCGAGCCCACCCCAAUCACUACAUCCCGAAGCUCCCGGCGACCGAGGAAAGCUUCAUUUUGAUGGUCACCACGCCUCCCGACCAGCGGGCCCAUCUGUCUCCUCCCAAUAAUCAGGCCCCUUCGCGGCGCCGUAAUGUCGCCGACCGGGACAUCUACGUCGCGGAUGCCAGCUCUCCGGCGACCCCGCGGGGCAUGGACGAGACUCACCCCGCCGCCGCCACCGCCGCCGUCGCAUUGGCGCAAUUACAUCACAACCGUCUCGCAUCCGACUGGGAUACCGACAUGGAAACACACUCGGAUAAUGAUCAGGAUCGCCUGCGGUCGAUUGAACUGCCGUCCCUCAGGGAGCACUUCAAGCAGGAAUCUCUGCCUCCGUUUUCGUCCCCGCGCCCUCGCGAGCUGCUCCCAUCGAUUCUGACGCACUCGCCGCCCGGUCGCUCUUCCACCCUGCCCCCUAUUCAACACCGAGACAAGCUUCCCCGUCCUCGCAAGUCGUCCAUUUCCAGAGCUCGGAAACCGAAGCAUGAACGGACGAGAUCAAAGGAAUACGCGCGACGCCCGAGCCUCGGUGAACGCAAGGCGCUGUCUGCCGAGCCCCAAACUGCGGCGUGGGCUCAAGGCAAGCGCUGGGAGGAUUUGAUCGAGGCCGCUACCUCGGCCACGGAAGCGGAUGACGAUCAUAACUCGGAGGUUGGUCGGUCACCUACGAUGCCGCCGUUGAUUUCGCACAUUACAUCGGCUCCUUCGGUCGGCAAGAACCGGUCAUCGCUCCCACCGGCCUUUCAACCCUCGCCCGGACUGCCGCCACCAACUUCGCAUCGGCCUUUUCCCCCUCACUCGUAUGCAGCAUCGCCUUUGCACAAGUCGUUGACCCCGCCACCGUUUGACAUGGCGCGCAAUCGCGACAGUGAUUUGGAGCCUUUUCCGUCCAUCGAGUCUUCGCUUGAUUCAGCCUCCUCGGCCUCGGGCAAGACGUAUGCAUUCAGUCACCUCGGGACUAACAACGAGUCAAGUCCGGUGUUGAAUAUGUAUCCCUCGUCGGCGUCGCAGCGCCAGCAUCACCGGUUUUCGAACCCGACUCCGGCUUCCUACCGCAGCAAAGAGAUUCACAUUUACUGUGCGAGUUGCAAGCGGCCGUGGGCGCUAAACGAAUGCUAUGCCUGCACGGAGUGUAUUUGCGGCGUGUGCCGGGAGUGCGUGGGGUUGUUUAUCAGUAGUCCACCGGUGUCGUUUCGCAAUGUGACAUCGAGCCCUAGCAGCGUGAUGUCGCAUGGCCCGACCAGUUACCCCAGUCCCCGGGGCUGUCCUCGGUGCCGCACGGUGGGAGGCAAGUGGAAGGCGUUUCAGCUGGAUUUCCGGUGAUCCUGGUGAUGUGUUAUGUUUUACGGAAGUUAUGAAUAAUGGCUGGGCACGAUGAGAAAUGAGUGGCGUCCGACUGUAACUGGUACAGUGUGAGGGCUGGCCCAGGAUGCGCCUGAUGACCGGAUGAUGAAAAGGACGGUGUUUGGUA